AUGCCGCGUCUCGUCGACCUCCCGCUAGAAAUCCUCCUCGAAAUCCUCUCCUACAACGCCCUUACGCAAAGCCGGCUUCCCACAGCUCCACACCCGCUCAACGCCCUCGCCCUCACGAACAAGCACCUACACACCGUCGUGGAAGAAUACUGCCGCAACCGACUCAAGAAAUAUGCCAACUUCACGCCGCCGCGGAGUAGGGCGUUUAGCUGCCGGCGCAGGUGGCUCGGCGAGACGUGUCAGUUUUGCAAGCGCAAGAGCAUGCGCCGCGCGAUUCUGUACGGCAGUUUGACGUGCUGUCGCAUGUGUGAUAAGCAGUAUUUUCCCAAGAUGACAAUGACACAAGCCCACAAAGCCCACUCCCUCUCCAAACUCGACCUCUUCACCCCCAACGCCCUGCACCCCGAGCUACCUCCCCUUAUAUCUGGGCUCUAUACUGUGAUGGGAAGUCCCGCAAUCAUGCUGCUUGAAGCCGACGUCCGAGCGCGCGAAGCACACAUAAAAGCCCGCCUCGGUGCGAAGGCGGACAAGAGUAUGCGUCGCAGGCCCGCGGCGCACGAUCGCAUCGUCAACCACAUGGGCCUGCAUUACUCCCCGAAUCGCGGCUGGAGUCGCGCGCCGUCGAUGAGCUCUGCGGCGCUGGAGAAGGCGGCGAAGAGUAUGCAGACGGAGGAGGGGAGGAGGGAGUACGUAAGGAAGGCACUGGCGAAGGAGUGGGAGGCGUUGGGACAGGGUGGGGGAAAGGGUACCCAGGGGGAGCCGCUGGAGAUUGAGGACGAGGACGAGGAUGAGGAGGUGGAGGAGUUGAUGUAUGCGGCUGCGGGAUGGGAGUAUGAGAUGUGA